UACCGCGGCCCGCCGUUCCCUCAGUCCGCCGUCACGCGUUGCCGCGUAAACACAUCGUAACGGCUCAAACGAGUCAACACACGCGACGCGCGCGUUUCGAACGUAGUGCAUUCCCGCGAUCGGCUCGAAAGCCGGUGAGCUACCAGUGACAUCUCGAUUGUUGUGCUGUGUGACUUACAGUGAAACGCUCAGUGCAUGUGCGAGUGAUGGAUUACUGCGGAUCUUCUCAGUGCUGACGACCUACGACCGGCGGGUUUAAAACCCGACAUAUAUGCCCCGGCGCCGCUAGCCCGGUCGCGCCAGCAUGCGCGCCCCCGCGGUGCUCAUCGCCCUGCUAGGGUUUCUACCCCAGGUGCUGACGUCCGGAUCAUUCGAGCUUAGGAUAAAAAGUUUUACGAACUCAUUGGGUAGGUUAAGUAGUGGCCAGUGCUGUGAUGGUUCCUCAAAUAGUGAUGCGCCAUGUUUGGCGCCGUGCAGGACUAAAUUCCGUGUGUGCCUCAAGAUUUAUCAAGCAAAUAUCGAUACAACGUCACCGUGUACAUUUGGUGACAUUACAACACCAGUGUUGGGUGGAAACUCAUUGGAUGUUCCCAACCUCAACGUGGAAGGAUUCAGUAAUCCCAUCGUGUUUCCCUUCGAUUUUACGUGGCCGGGCACAUUCUCGCUUAUAGUCGAAGCGUGGCACGACACCAACGAGACGUCAAGAUCUGACGAUUCGCUGAUCGCGCGGAUGACGAAGCAGAGUAUAGCUGAUGUUGGAGGUCCUUGGGUCGAAGAAGAACAAAAAUGGGGGAGUGUUGGAGGUCCACACUUGAGGCUUUCUUACCGGGUGACGUGCGCGGCGCAUUACUACGGGACGGGCUGCGAGGUCCUCUGCAGGCCGAGGGACGAUGGCUUUGGGCAUUACACCUGUUCGCCUACCGGGGAAAUUGUGUGCCGACCCGGAUGGACGGGAGACUACUGUUCGAAACCGAAAUGUCUUCCCGGCUGCGACGCAGAGCAUGGCCACUGCCUCAAGCCCGACGAAUGCAUAUGUCAUUCGGGCUGGGUGGGCGAGCUCUGUGAUCAAUGCGAGCGACAUCCGGGAUGCGUCCAUGGAACCUGCUCAAGACCAUGGGAUUGCAUAUGUGAGGAAGGAUGGGGUGGCCUGUUCUGUAAUCAAGACUUAAAUUACUGCACAAACCAUCGCCCCUGCAGAAAUGGAGGGACGUGUCACAACACCGGACAAGGAAGUUACACCUGUGUUUGUCCAGCAGAAUACACCGGACCCGAUUGUGAGAAAAGUCAUCACUCUUGCGCUGUAAGACCUUGCAAAAAUGGAGGAGCAUGCGUUCCAGAUGAAGGCGGUGAACUAGCCUGCGCUUGUCCAUCGGGAUAUGAGGGAGCACGUUGCGAAACACGAAGACUUACUUGUGCCGAUCGACCUUGCCGUAAUGGUGGUACUUGCGAACCUCGACCUUCUGGUUACGUAUGUGUAUGUCCAGCUGGCUACACAGGAAUAGACUGUGCGGUGGAAGCCGAUCCAUGUUCUGCUAAUCCAUGUCGAAAUGGAGCAACAUGCGCCCGUGCCGGCGAUGGGUUUAAAUGCACUUGCAAACUUGGCUACAGAGGCAACCGAUGCGAAAUCGAUAUAGACGACUGUACAGGUAUUAUAUGCGAGCACGGAGGAACAUGCGUCGACUUGGUUAACGGACAACGCUGUCAAUGUGCGCCAGGAUUCCUCGGACCACGAUGUGAAACUAGAGUCGACUUGUGUCUUGCCAAACCCUGUGCUAAUGGCGGCGAAUGUAUGGUUCUCGACAACGAUUACGAAUGUCGAUGUCGACCUGGUUUCGCUGGCAAAGAUUGCAGUAUCGACGUAGACGAGUGCGCAUCAUCUCCUUGUCGCAAUGGCGGGACCUGUCGAGACAGGGUGGACGGAUAUCAUUGCAACUGCUCUCCAGGCUGGGGUGGCAAAUCGUGUACCGUUCUAUUGGCAGAAGCAGUAUCCAAACCUGCCGGGGGACACUUAAGAAGAAUAGGCGAUGACACACCCGAAGAAGAAAACUUAACGAGAAGUCAUGUGGCGUUAAUAGCAGCAUUUUCCGUGGCGGUACCAACGGCGGCGCUCAUCGCAGGUGUUGCUGUAGCCUGCAUAAGGCGGAAAAGGAAAAGAGCCCAGAAUGCUGCGGACGCGGAAGCGCGCGCCCAGAAUGCAGCGAAUGCAGGCGGCGGCGGACGCGUUAUCCGCAACACGUGGGGGAAAUGCGAGGGACCUGUGCCGGAGUGCCAAAAUGCACACAACGCUGCGGCAGAGGAGUGCAAGAGAAAGACUCUAAACACAGAGAGCGCAGCGCGAUUAUUAGCAGCGCUCGACCCUAGGUUAUCGCGGCUCUCCGCCGACUCAGCGUAUUGCGCCAAUAGUGAUACGUCGCUAGUGAAACGAGCGUUAGAAGGCGGAGGGGUGUACGUUUUAGACGACCAUUGCCUACCGCCGACGUUCGCCACACAAGUGUAGUGCACGCAAACGCGACAAUGGACGUUAAAUAACUUAUUUAUUCACAACGGACGCUCGUGCGAUUCAGGCUGUGCGCCGCGUGUAAAUAUAGCGUAAAGUGUAAAGUGACCCCUGUAUAGACGGCUAGUUUUAAGAAUUCGGAUGUAUUUAUUUGUGAGGGCGAUUCGUACCCCAUUGUAAAUAGAAACGGCGGAACGGAUCGUUUUUCCGCCCCUGAUCGGCAAGCGUCGCCCAAGUGACACUGCCAGACUGAUCUAGAGAUAAAGAGGCGCGCGCGCAUAACAUUGUGGUACUAGUUGAUAUGAGGAGUCUGUAAUGUUUUGCGCGUGCGCCGGUUGUAGUUAGGGUUUCGGGCGAGGACCGCGCGAGCCGUGGGGCCAAGUGGACCACGUCCACUGUCUGCGAUCUCUGUAGGUAAGGUGUGGCGGCGCGCGCAGUGUCGGUCCGCUGCGCGGCGCCGGCGCGGACUCGAUGCCGAUCGACCGGUGUACGUAACGUCGUUACAAUACACCUCCAUUGUAGAAUUAAAUGCAUGCAAUAGUUUCUACAUAAUUGCCGUAAACUGUUACGCAUUUCGCAUCUAGAGAUGCAAGAUAUUUUAUGAGCCGUUGUAGUAGAUUUUAUCUCCUUUGUAUUUACUAUGAAAUUUAACACGCUCAGUAUCGAGUCUGCGAACAUUCCACGCCACUAACACUAUCCCUCUAGACUCGCACCAGUAUAAAAGCCAAACCGUGCGUAAAGUAAGAUUUUAGACUAAUUUAUAAAAAACGCGAAUGAUGCGUUCAUCAGUUUUACAUUGAUUUUUUGUGAUUGACUAAUUAUUGUCAUUGUUCCUAUGAUUUAUUAUAGUGAAAGUAUUUUCAAUUAAAAAAAUCUUGUUCAGGUUUUCUUAAAAAUCAACAUAGAUUUUUUUCUUUCAUAUAGUUUCCGCUCUUGGAAUAUUAGCACAGUAACAAGUACGUUCCUGCGCCGAGUCAAUUUGUACCGCGUCUAUAUCGCGAGAUGUGUUCCCCGCAUGGACCUGAUACAAAUUGUGCUCGGAAACACAAAAUGUUAAACAUCACGCACGUAAUUAGUCCAUAGGUUUUAAUAAAUUCUGUACUUAUAAGAAACAAAUUGUCGAAACCUAAGUCAUUGUGUAUAAAGAACUAUUAAGUUUUAGAAUUGUAAGAAUAUUCUCCAUUACUUACGUAAGAGUACUGUGACAAUAUUAAAUGACAUUAGGCAACAUAGGACGAGAGGGCAUUCUGGUUGUUUUAACUUAUUUAUUUUAAUAGAUACAGUUCUCGAGUUAUGUUGUGUUUAUAUAGAUUCCUGCUUUUGAUCAUUCGCACAUUCUGUUUUAAUUUGCGAAUAAUUGACGCGGAAUCGCUUUUAUGAAAUAAUUUAUGUUAACUUACACUUUUAUGAAACACUUGUAGAUAUUAUUUGCUAAGUGAUAGACGUUACCUCUUAUGUUGCCUAUUGUACUAGAAAGUAGAUUAAAAAAUGGUAAAUCGACAAAAUUAUAUCAAACUAUGAAUAGACUGAUGAUCAAUAAUAAUUCUUGUAUUUAAUUUUGUAAGAUGACAAAAUGUAAGUUUAAAUUAUGUGAAAAAUAGAAAUGCAUACCAUAGCAAUUGUACUAAAAUAGUGAAAUAAUUUUGUACUUAAAAUUUGAUCACAGUAAAACUCUUUCAUUUUUCUUUUUGAGGAUUUUUAAAUUAGGAAAUUUUCUUAAAAUAUGAUUCUAUGAGAGCCAAUAAAAUGACAGUAUUUUUAAUUAAUUUAUUACAUCUUUAUAAUUAUUGUGAAUUCCUUAAUUUUUAAUAUAGAAAUCAUUGUUUAAUUAUAUUUUUGAUUAUGUUUACAAUUGACUGAAGCUAAAUUGUCUUCUUGAUUAUUGGACACAUUUUACAGAAAUCUUUAAUUGAAUGCAUUUGUGUCGAGAUCUGUGAGUAUACUGAAAGAAAUAUUAAAAUCAUUCCAUUUCUAACAUUAAGUAGCAUAUUAUAUCCUUUUUAAAUCUUAUUUUUAAUCUUUCUAUUUUCUUAUAUUGUUUAUUUUGCAUGCGAAUUCAAUUCUGAUUAUUCUCUCUUUUCGUCCAUUUUAGGGCAAAGUACAAUAAAAUUGCCUGUCUUUAUGUGUACUUUUAGUAUAUUCACAUUCUUUUUAAAUUUAAAAGAAAAAUGAAAGUAAUCCUCAAUAGAAGAGAAGUAAUAAUUCCAUAGAUGUAUUAUCCCAAUUGAAGUGAUGUAAGUUCACCUCCGGUCGCGGGCGGGCCGGCGCGGCGGCGGCUCGCCGGUGGUCGCGGUUUCGGUGAUAAAUUUGCCAGCGAGUGUAUGUGACGAAUGUGUAAUUAUGUGCAGUGAUGCAACAAGAAAUAAAAUGUUAAUAAACA